CUUUCAGUUUCCGUAUUACUUCAUCGCAGACUUACAGGAAGGGCGAGUGAGCAAGAGGGCUGAAACACAAAAGGAUCACCCUAUUUCUUUAACUUCCCCAAGAGGUCCCAGGAAUGACAGCAUGCAGGGGUGGAAGGCAGGCCACUUAGUUCGAUUGAGCUGCUCACAGGAAGUCUCAGUAAAUAUCCGUUGACCCAGUAGUGGUCGAGAAUAAAUUUCCCACUAUGAGUGAAGAAGAAUUCAAAGCUGCUGUCCAAGAAGGAAACCUUAAAGCAGCAGCUUCGAUAGCACAGCAGCUGAUGAAGUCACCCAGCUUAUUCGAAAUUGCAGUCAUCGGGGAAUCGGGCUCUGGAAAGUCAUCAUUUGUCAAUGCCUUCCGAGGCUUAGCUGAUGAUGAUAUAGGAGCCGCCAAAGUCGGGAUGGUGGAAACAACAGAGUGGUCAAUCGUGUAUUCACAUCCUGAAUAUUCUAAUGUUUUCUUAUGGGACCUUCCAGGAAUUGGAACGCCAAAUUUUCAGUCAGUUGAACACAAGAGAACUGAUACAUACUUGUCAGGAUAUGAUUUUUUCCUUAUUGUCACCGCUACACGCUUCAGAAAGAUCCACGCCAAUCUUGCACGGAAGAUCCAGGAGAACGCAAAGAAGUUUUAUUUUGUGCGCUCCAAAGUGGACCAAGACUUGGGGGCUGAAAAGAGAAAACCAAACUAUAGUGAGGCGAGAACCCUGUGGCAGAUCAGAGAGAACUGCCAAGCCCACCUGCAGAAAGCAGGGGUGAACGACCCUCAGGUUUUUCUCCUCUCCAACUGGGAAUCCAACAAGUACGAUUUCCCCCUCUUGAAGGAAAGUCUGGAUAAAGAACUCCGCCAUGCUAUGUUGCAAAAGUUGCUCGACAUCUCAUGCUGGACCCUGCAAGAGAAGAAAACAGCCAUGCAGAAGACCACAUGGAAACCAGCUACCUUGUCGGGCGGUCCUGGUGCCAUUCCUCUUCCGGGUCUUUCUCUUGUUGCUGACAUGGCUGUCUUGAUGGAUUGCAUGAGAGAUUACUGCAAGGAUUUUGGCCUGAAUUCUGACUCCCUCUCUGCACUCGCUGAGCAGGUUGGGAAGCGGGAGGAAGAUCUGAAGGCUGUGAUAAGGUCUCCACUGGCCACAGAAAUAACAAUUGACCUUGUACUGAAGCUGCUGGAAAAGUGUGUAGGUAAGGGAGUGACGUAUCUGACUUACUUUGCCUGGAGUGUGCCAGUGGUCGGGUCACUGUUUUCGGGACAUGUUUCUUUUGGCACAACGGUGUUUAUGUUGGAUAACUUUAUAAGUGACCUUGCUGAAGAUGCCCAAAGAGUCCUGGUAAAGGCUUUGGAGGGAGAAGAGAAAAAAUCAAAACAACAUCACCAAGAAAUCAAUUUGUCUGUCAUGCAUGAAAAAAAGCCCCAACCAAUCCAUCUCAGCUGGAGGCAGGUGUGACACUGGCAGACCAGUCUGUGACAGCUCAUC